GAGAUAGGGAACCAAGGACACUGCUACUCUUCUUCAUCUUCAUCUCAAGAUGAAGAACCCUACACUCGUCUGCGCUUCUCUCAUUGCUACAUCGUUGGAGGAGAUGGCUCAUCAGAUGCACGUUGCUGCUGAACGAGGAGCUGAUCUUGUUGAGCUUCGUCUUGAUCACUUGCAUAACUUCAACCCUCGUUCUGACCUUCAGUUCCUCAUCAAAGAUCGGCCUUUGCCCGUCAUUACUACUUUCAGGACAAAGUGGGAAGGAGAUGAGUAUGAAGGUGAUGAGAUUUUGAGAUUUGAGGCACUUCGUUUGGCAAUGGAGUUUGGUUCUGAUUAUGUUGAUAUUGAACUCCAGGCUGCUGAGGAGUUUGUGGAGUCUAUAUCAACGAAGAAGCCAGAGAAUUUUAAGCUCAUUGUCUCUUCUCACAAUUAUCAGAACACACCAUCCCCUGAAGAGCUUGGCGAUCUUGUUUCAAGGAUUCAAGCUGUUGGAGCUGACAUUGUGAAAAUUGCAACUACUGCCAUGGAUAUCUCUGAUGUCGCUCGCUUGUUCCGAGUACUUGUUCAUUGUCAAGUACCGGUCAUUGGAAUGGUUAUGGGCGAGAGAGGACUAGUCUCUCGGUUGCUCUCUUCAAAGUUUGGAAUGUAUCUAACGUUCUGCGCACUUGAUGAGGGUAAAGAAUCAGCUCCCGGGCAGCCAACCAUCUCUGAAUUAUUGAAUUUGUAUAGAAUCAAGCAGACCAGAGCAGACACAACUGUUCUUGGACUUAUAAGCAAGCCUGUUGGACAUAGUAAGAGCCCUCUUUUACACAAUGCUGCAUUGAAAUCGGCCGGUGUUAAUGCUGUUUAUGUUCCAUUUCUUGUCGAUGAUCUUCCUAGUUUUCUCAAGGCCUUCUCAUGCCCAGACUUUGCUGGAAUCAGGUCAUUAAACUUGGGCUUUCAUUACUUCCUAUGCAUUCAUGUUGUGUGUAGGAUUUCAAUUUCAGUGAAUGUUAUUGAUUUCAGCGUUGGAAUUCCUCACAAAGUUACGGCAGUUACAUGCUGUGAUGAAGUCGAUCCGAUUGCUAAGUGUAUAGGAGCUGUAAACACAAUUGUUCGGAGAUCAAGUGACGGAAAGUUGGUCGGUUAUAACACGGACUAUGUUGGUUCAAUUUCCGCUAUUGAAGAUGGAAUAAGAGUCUUGACAGGGUUAAUCGGCAAUCAAACGAUUGAGUUACCUCUAGCUGGUAGACUCUUUGUUGUUAUAGGUGCCGGUGGUGCAGGAAAAGCUCUUGCUUAUGGUGCGAAAGAAAAAGGCACAAGAGUAAUAAUAGCGAACAGAACUUAUGAUAAAGCUAAAGAGCUUGCUAACUUGGUCGGGGCCGAUGCUUUACCUCUUACCGACUUAGAAAGUUUUCAUCCAGAGAAAGGAAUGGUUCUUGCAAACACAACAUCACUAGGAAUGCAACCAAAUGUUAAUGAGACUCCUCUGGCCAAGAGUUGUUUGGGGCGUUAUGAUUUGGUGUUUGAUGCUGUUUAUACACCAAAAGAGACUAGACUUUUAACUUUUAAGAGAAGCAAAAGAGACUGGAGUUACCAUUGUAGCUGGAGUGGAAAUGUUCAUUAGACAAGCUAUGAAACAGUUUGAUUUGUUCACUGGAAUGCCGGCUCCUGAAGAAAUGAUGCGUGAUUUCGUGAUGAAGAACAUAUAAAAGUGAAGAUCUCUUUUUUUCGAGCAGCAAUUAAUUGUGUGGUGUUUUGGUUUGUAAUAUUACCAUUUUCGAAUUCAAUAAUAUGUUUUGAUUCAGUUG